UGUGUGUUUCUCAGGGUCUGAUGGUGUGUCAGGUGAAACUGUCUAACGGUCUCCUGCUUCAUGGUCCUCAGUGUCAGUCUGAAACUGAAGCCAAAGAGAAAGCAGCACUGUUCACUCUGCAGCGCCUGAACUCUGUUGCUGCGUUUCCUCUCGCUCCUCCUCCUCUGUUCCCCGGGAUGCAGCCCAUGCGGCCGAUCGCUCCUCACCUCCCACCUGCAGGUGGUCUUUUGAUGCCCACUCAAGGUUAUGCUCCACUGCCAUGGGGGAUUCAGUUGCCCCCACAGGGGCAGCCGUUUUUCGGCGGGACGUUCCCCAGAACCCGAGCGCCUCCGCCCCCAGCCCCGGUCGGAUCUCACAACCAGUUCAUCCCACUACAGGUGACUAAGAAACGAGUUUCCGGUCGAAAGAACCAGGAAGUGAGACCGGACUUUGGGACCGCCGCUCGAUCCGAAAACACGGACACCUCUCGCUCUGCCGCCAAAUCAACCCCCUAUGCCAACAAAACCCCUCCACCAAUCAGCACACAGGAAUUUGAAAGCCCACCGAAACAACACUCCAAACCGGCACACGCCCCAGGCUCCGCCUCCAAACGCAAACACCGGAAGCUGGCUGUGAAUUUCGAUGCCGCCAAAGUGACGGACUGAGCUGCGAUGGAACUCUGCCUCUUACUCCAACCAAUUUUUUUUUCUGGUUUUAUGGUCGAUGUUUUUUUAAAUCUAAUUAUUCAGCAUCGGGGGAAGACAGCGAAGAACUUGAUCUAACCGUGUGUUACGUCAUGUUCUUCCAGUGGAGAGGGAAUACUUGUUUAACCCACUUUAAUAUCAGCAGCACAAUGAUUUUCUCAACUCUCUCUCUCUCUCUCUCUCUCUCGUCUGACUUCGAAUCGAAACUUUUAUUCUGAUUUAUCCAGCUUUUUUAAUAUUUUAAGGAAUAUUUUAAUAUUCCUUGAUUGUUUGUAGUUAUUUUUGUAAUUGCGGUGCACUUAAAAUCAAGGUUGGUUAUUCCUAUUUGAUUUGUUUUUAAAUCUACAAUCCCUACACGUACAGCUACAGUCCCGCAGUUACAGACAAUCAGACUGCGUUCCGGAAAAUUCCGUUCCUCCUCGCAUUCCUGAAAGUCCAAACUCGUAGCUCCGACGGCGGUGUGUAGAUGUUUUCGCAGUGAGGGAAGCUGGACCGUGUACAAAUGAGGACAUUCGAAGAGAGAUUGUCUGGAGUGUCAUGUUUGAGAAAAACAAAUAUGGAGGAUUUAAAACUUUUUAGCGAAGAAUAUGAGAUUUAAGAUUUAAAAAAAAAUUAUUGCCAAUAUUAUAAUUUCUGUAUUAUCCGAGCUGCUUGUCCUCCUAUCAGUCAGCAUUUCUUCAGUAAAAAGGAGAAAAAUACACCCAGUGUGACGACAGACUUGAAACUAUUUUUUUUCCACUUUAAUCACUCUCAGCGUUCACGUUUCAGAGUUCUCUCCGUCCGUUCAUUUCAUACGGCACGUGUUGGACGUUCUCCUUUUCCCUCCCUUGCUGUGAAUGAAGCGGAUGCAAAUUCAACAGUUUACAAAAACAUAUGACCACUUUAGCACAAAAUCAGAACUAAAUGGGUAGACAGUUAAAUCUGUACAGGAUUUAUUUCACAGCUCGGUCAGAAACCUAAUUUAUUUUCUUUAUGUAAAAGAGAACUGGGCCUCAGUUUGGGUUUUAAAAUUAGCGUUUGGGAUUUUAAUUUUCUCCCUCUUUUUUUAUUUUAAAAGUAAAUAAAAACCGGUAUCUCUGUCCAGCAGCUCUGUACACAGCAGGAUUGAUUUGUCGUUGAUCCGCCACACCACCACCACCACCACCACCACCGAGUUUUAACGUGGACUGGGAACUACGUCUAUCCGUGCGAAGUGUUAUUUUGAAAUGAACUUGAACAGAACAAUUAAACUGUGGCUCCCAGUUUGGGAUGUUCUGUACAUAGAUCUUUAAUAAACUUUUGUUAUGAGAA